AUGCCCAGUAUCACAGCACCCCAAAUGGAAUAUGAUGAUCAGGAGAAGCUGCUUAAUGAAGCACUGGGAGUGGUGAAAGCUCAAGCAUUCCAGAUGAAAAGAUGCUUAGACAAUGGAAAGUUGAUGGAUGGGUUGAAGCAUGCAUCCAAUAUGCUCGGUGAACUCAGGACUUCCAUGCUAUCUCCAAAAUGCUACUAUGAACUUUGUAUCCUUAUCUUUGAUGUCAUACUGCAUGACAGAGCAGAUUGGUACUUGCUGAUUACUGUGGGACUUGUGUACAUCAAGACAAAUCAACAAAGCCGAAGGGAUAUUCUCAGAGAUUUGGUUGAGAUGUGUAGGGGUGUUCAGCAUCCCUUGAGAGGCCUGUUUCUUCGAAAUUAUCUGCUACAAGUCACCAGGAAUGUACUUCCAGAUGUUGAUGAUACCUCUGGUCUCUCAACUCCUCCACAUGAGCAGGCCACCUUGCACCCUUCACCAGUACAAGAUUCCCUGGACUUCAUCCUCUUGAAUUUUGCGGAGAUGAACAAGCUCUGGGUUCGUAUGCAACAUCAAGGCCACACCAGAGAGAAGGAGAAGAGGGAAAAGGAACGUCUAGAGCUGAAAAUUCUUGUGGGCACCAAUCUGUCAGUUCUGUCACAGCUUGAGGGAGUCACUUUGGAUAGAUUUAAAACAGUGGUUCUGCCUGCUAUCUUGGAACAAGUGGUGAGCUGCAAGGAUGCCAUUGCACAAGAGUAUCUCAUGGAAUGCAUAAUUCAGGUUUUCCCAGAUGAGUUCCAUCUCCAAACCUUGCAUGGUUUUCUGAAGGCAUGUGCAGAGCUGCAUCUAAAUGUGAAUGUGAAAAAUAUCAUCAUCUCUCUUCUGGAUCGUCUGGCACUUUUUGCAAAGAAGGAAGAUGGUGGAGGUAUCCCUUCAGGAAUCCAUCUCUUUGAUAUUUUCUCUGAGCAAGUGGCCAUGAUCAUAAAGUCAAGACCUGACAUGCCUCUUGAGGACAUUGUAUCAUUGCAAAUUUCCCUUCUCAACAUGGCCCACAAAUGCUACCCCAGCCAGUCAGACUAUGUUGAUCGCAUCCUUCAGUCCAUGAAUGAUGUUCUGGAGAAGCUCAAUGUAACCAGAGUGGACCAUAGCAAACCAGUGGGCAAGGAGUUAACCCGGUUUCUCAAGAUUCCACUUGACAACUACAAUGAUAUUCUGACAGUUCUCAAACUGGACCACUUCAAGCCUCUUGUUGAAGUGUUUGAUUACACAGGACGCAAGAACAUGAGUUGCUAUAUUGUGAACAAUGUUCUCGAUAAUGAGACUCAGAUUCAGACAACUGAUCAGGUAGAGGCAUUGUUGUCAGUCAUCAACACAUUGGUCAAGGAUCAGACAGAUCAGCCACCAGGAGAACCUGAUCCAGAGGAUUUCACUGAGGAGCAAUGUCUUGUGGGACGUUUGAUUCAUCUCUUUAAGGCUGACUCCCCUGAUGGCCAGUAUACCCUCCUAAGCACAGCAAAGAAGCACUUUGGACUUGGAGGCACCAAAAGGAUCAAAUUCACUGUCCCAUCCAUGGCAUUCAAAUGUUAUCAGUUGGCUUUCUGGUAUAAACAGAUACAAAAUCAGGAGGAGAAGUGGGAGGUGAAAUGUGAACGAGUAUUUCAACAAUCCCUUGGUAUCAUCCGUGGACUAGUCAAAGCUGAUUAUGCUGAAUUACCAAUGAGGUUGCUCUUGCAAGGUGCUCUGGCUUCUGAUCAGCUAGGUUUUGAGAAACGUGAGACUGUAGCAUAUGAGUUCAUAUCAGAGGCCAUAUCUUUAUAUGAAGAAGAAAUCAGUGAAAGUAAGGCACAAUUGACUGCCAUUACCUUGAUCAUUGGAACCUUGGAGAAGAUGUCCUGCUUUUCAGAAGAGAAUCAUGGAACAUUACGGAAGCAAUGUGCACUGGCAGCAACUAAACUCCUCAAAAAGCCAGAUCAAAGCCGUGCAGUUGGCACUUGCUCUCACCUUUUCUGGUCUGCAUGCACAGCAGAAAAAGCUGCAGCACUGCACGAUGGCAAGUCCGUGAAUGAUUGCUUGAAGAAAGCCAUUCGUACAGCCAACAAUUGCAUGGACAAAUCAGUGCAAGUCCAACUUUAUGUGGAAACUCUCAGCUUGUUUGUAUACUUCUUUGAGAGGAACAAUGACCAAGUCACUGUGCAGCAGCUGAAUCAGCUCAUGAGCAAGAUAAGAGAAGAAUUGCCCCAGUUGGAGCCUGGUGAUGAAACUGAUCAGAUACACAGGCAUUUUAAUAAUACCAUUGACCAUCUGAGGCACAAGAUGGAACAUCCAGCAUCUGGAACACGCUCUAUGGAAGGACUCGAACUGUGAUCUCCCACCAGAUUCCUCACCAUUAAUUCCCCCUUAUUUCAUUCGUAAGGGUAUGGUUGUUUUCAGCUGUGAACCAUGUCUCUCUUUAUGUCUGCUUCUCCAGUGGGAUCUGAUGUAUAAGAUGAAUUAUAAUGAUGGAGUGAUGAUGCCACUAUGACUGGUUAAGGCCAAAAUUCAGAGUAGAGUUGAGUGUUGGGGAUAGAGUUGAACUCAUUGAGCAAUAAAGGCAAGUUCACACAAACUGCACAGGACAAGUUAUCACUUGCUUUGUUAAUUCUCACUCAACUCUUCUCAUAGACACCCUUAUGCUGUGCUAUGCAGUGAGUGUGAAUUUGCCCCAAUAGAACCUAUACAAUUCAUAUGCAAGAUGUAAAUUUGUCUUCUCAGAACAGGACUUUUUUUGUUGUACAAGAUGUCCUGUGAUUCAAUUGUAAAAAGAAUGUUACAGAAAGCUUAUUAGCACAUUUACUGACAAGUUACCAGACAAUGGGACUGUCUGUGUCUCAUGUGCUCAGUUUAUCCUGAUGCUUCCAAGACAUUGGUGCAUUAUCAGAAAAUCAUGCUAUUAUUGCAAAUUGCCAAACCUGCCAUUGACCCAGAGUGAGAAUUGUCAUUAAGUGGUCAGUGUGUUUAGAGCUGUUAUUGCUGUGGAUGAAAAGGCCUAGAGGCUGCAGGAAGAAACCAUGAUAGUAUUUUUCACUUGAGUUACACAUAUUUUUGCAUAACCGAGACACUAAUGCAUGAGGGACAUCUCAUGCACAAGUUCCCAAGUCAAGUGAAAAAGGCUAUGAUGAUAAUUGGUACUGCAGGCAAUACACUCCUCUGUACUAUGUUUAACUCGACUACCAAACACUCAACAUCAAGUUGUGACUUGCCCAUUGUGUUACAGUGUGCCAUAGAUGGAAAUGGGGCGAGGCAAGGGGUUACUCCCUUAACUAAAAUUUUCUCAUGACAGGUUUUUUGGCUAGUCAGAUUUGUUGAGAGACUUCUGACAUUUUGAAUCUGGGUGUGAUGGUGAUCCAAGUCAAGUCCUGGGUUCUCAUUUUCCUUAUUCUAUUCAUGUACAUGGAUCCUAUUAUUAUGCAUGCAUGCUGAGGUAACAGUAAAUUAAAGGUUGGGCCCAUGGGCCCAUGUUGAUAAAUGUAGGAAUAAAGCUGAUUUAUUCAAACCAAACA